AUGUUUAAUAGAAGAGGCUCAUCAAGUACAUUUUCUAGUAAAAAUUACUUGCUAUUAAAAAUGUAUCACAUAAAAUCAUAUAGCUUUAAAACUCAUAAAAUAGCCAUUUGUGGUAAAGCCAAAUGCAGAGAACAAUGUCGCUUUUUUCAUAAUGCAACUUAUUUGGAAGACUUAAAAAUGUAUGAUUUAAACUUCAUUGAACGAGUAAAAACUGAUAGCAAAGAAAGGUACAAAGAAGGUGAGACAUAUGGUAACGUGCAGGAGAAUUCUGCAAAUGUAGAGUUGAAAAGGGGGUACUCACAAUGUAGUAGGGAUGUAAUACCUAAAGACUGUAAAUAUGAUAUAUAUGGUAAACAUGAAAAAUAUGGUAAAUAUUGUAAAGAUGGCGAAGAAGAGGACGACCCAAAGUACAAAGAAUCCCCUUCCAGUAGUAACCCUAAUGAGGUUCAAAAAAAUCGAGAAACAAUCAAGAAUAAACUAAUAUAUGAACUAUUAACCGGGAAAGAAAAUAAAAGUGAAAGAAUCUACUACCUUUUAGAAUUCCUAUCAAAUGAAAAAUGUAACAAUAAUAACAACUUCUCUACCCUUUUUAUGAUAACAAAAAUGUAUAAAAAUGUAAUUAUGAAAAAUGAUAAGGCUCGUUGUUCUAACACCAAAAUUAUAAACUAUGUUAAAGAAAGUAUAAAUUUUGUAACACAUUAUUAUAGGUAUCAUGAUUACUUAUUUAAAUGCUUUGAACUUCUAUGUAUAUUUAAUAUAAGCGAUAUUAAACUAUAUCAGAAAGUCCUUUACCUAAUCCUCAAGCAUUCAACUAAUGAAGAGACAAAUAUUAUUUCAUGCUAUUAUAUUAUUAAACAUUUAUAUAGUAAGAAGUUAUACAAUAAAUUAAUUGGUAACUUGUUAGCUAAAUAUCUUAUGAGAAAAUCAUUUUUCAAUUUUUUGGAAAAACAAAAUUGUGUAAAAUCUAGCUUUUUAAUAUUUUUGAAUUAUAUCAUCCACUCUAAUGUGUAUAUAAUAUCUCAUGAUGUUUUACAGAAAUAUGUACAUUAUUUUAGUGAUGUAAUAUUAGUGAAACACUUAGAAUAUAAAAAUGUAAGUAAUGUGAAUGAAUUAAUAGAAUUUCAGAAUAUAUUAUUAACAUGCAAUUUCUAUAAUGACAAAUUAAAUUCAUUGAUUAAAAAAUAUAUACAGACAUUUUUAAAUACCAUAAUAAGUCCAUCUGAUAUGCUACUACUCUCAUCAAACUUGUUGCUUAGUUUUACAAGAAAUGAUCAUAUUUUGAUUUUUCCAAAUAAGAAAUGUCCAAAUUAUUUUAGCGAAAUACCAUCAGAGGGAGAAAAAAUGAUUAAUAAUGUUACACAAUUUAAUCAGAAUUACAGAAAUUUUUUAUGUAUGAAGACCCUUGCAAAUACAGUUGUUAGAACUAAUGACAACUACAUUUCAAAUGUUAAUACAAACACUAACCUAGAUUAUAUUCUAAGAUAUUUUGUAUUAUCUUCAUAUUGUCAUUUUACCCUAUUCUCCAAUUGGUGGUCUGACACUUCUAUAUAUUGGAAAUUAAAAAAAAAAAAAAAAAAAAAAACCAUUUUAAGGGAAAGAUUACCAUAUAAAAAUCAUUUAAGGGAAAAAAUUACGCAUCUUUUAAAUGUUAUACUAUACAAGUAUAAAUAUUCUAAAAAAGCUAGCCAAAAUAAUGUAGAACAAGAGGAACAAAAUGCACUUUUGGAGGACCAACAAGAAAGAAAAAAUAUAGAGGAAGAAAACGAGUUACAGUUACUUAGAUAUAAAUACGUACCAUAUUUAUUCAAAUCACUUGUUCGAAUAUCGAUAUUUAACACCAAUUUGAUACGAAGCGAACCUAUUAUUCUAUUAUUCGAAAAUUUAUUUUUAGAUUGUGUUAAUGCUUAUAUAACGAACUAUGAAAUGGAAAGGGGGAAAAAUUAUAUGAACACUGAUAACUCUGCAAAAAAAAGUGACCAGAGAAAAUUGGGACCCUCUAUCACGUAUACUAAUUGUACUAAUAAUGAGAUAUCAAAUAUUGUGUACAGGUUAAUAAAAACACAUGAACAGUCAGAUUUAUUAGAAAAUUAUAACCUUAGCCUAUAUGAAAUAAGUUCUAUAUGUGAGUGUUCUUUUCUUUUGAAAUAUUUGCAAGAAAAGGAAAUGGAAAAUAUGGAAGUAAGAUUUACUCUAAACACUUCUGUUGAUAUAUUUGAAAAAACGCUAUACAUGUUUUUAGAUAAAAUUAGUAUAAAAUGUAUGAAUACAAAACUGAAUCAUUUUAUCUUAAAUAGACACUAUUUACACAAUAUCUUAUUGCAUGAGUACGUAAAUUAUGGAAAUGCUUUUUUUAAAUACUAUUUGUUGUUAAGAGUAAUUCUACCUCUACUGUUUAGUGAUUCCCUCUCAGAAUGUUUAAGUGUAACCAGAAGAACUCUUGUUCAUAUCAUGUCUUUCUUAUUUGUCUCUAAAUUAUCAAGCUUCUCUUCGCUUAGAGAUGAUAUAAACGAAACAGCUUUCGACAUCAGCAGAAGCCGCAACAGCAAUAGCAACAUCAAUAGCAACAACAACAACACCAGCAAUAACGCCAACGAUAACACCAUCAACACUAAUAGUAGUAGUAAUAGUAUCAUUUUAAAUAAUUAUGUCAAAUGGGAAAAUUCUAUCAUAUCUAUAAACAAUCAAAGAAGAAUAAGAAAGAAAACGAAAACAAAAAGAUUCUUAUUGGAUUUCAUAUACGCUGGAGAGUUAAUGAGGCCUACUUCCAUAUACAUUAUGUGCUUAUUUCAGAUAACUAAGUAUGAUGAUAUGUACGAUUAUUUUUUAAGAGAUGUUUUAAAAACUGAUUAUAUCACUCCUGAAAAUAAAACAGAGUUUUCAAUUUUUAUAAAUAAGUUGAGUGCCUCAACAAAUGUGAGUAUUAGGAGAAUUCUUAAUGAUAACAGAAAAAAAAAAAAAAAAGAAAUACAAAAAACCUAA